CAGCGCUGCCCUCCCCCGGCACAGUCAGACUCACACACGGCCGGUGACUCGUCACUCCGCGCUGGAAGAUGGCUGCGGUGGAGCGGAUCCCGGUCAGGGAAGGGAUCCGGAUAGUUUCGCUGUGUGUGUGCUGGUACACGGUGAGCUCGGGGGGCAACAUCGUCAACAAAAUCAUCCUAAACGGAUUCCCGUACCCGGUCACCGUAUCUCUGUUUCACAUUAUCUCUAUCGUCGUCUUCCUCCCGCCGCUGUUGCGGGCAUGGGGAGUCCCCAAAACAGAACUGCCGAGCAGGUACUACCGGUGGUACAUCUUGCCUUUAGCUUUCGGGAAAUACUUUGCAUCUGUGUCGGCUCACUUCAGCAUAUGGAAAGUGCCGGUUUCAUAUGCGCACACGGUCAAAGCCACAAUGCCAAUAUGGGUUGUGCUGUUAUCAAGAAUUAUCAUGAGGGAGAAGCAAACCACAAAGGUAUACAUCUCGCUCAUCCCCAUCAUCGGUGGAGUGCUGCUGGCCACAGUGACUGAGCUGUCCUUUGAUGUUUCAGGAUUAAUCAGCGCUCUGGCUGCCACGCUCUGCUUCUCCUUGCAGAACAUCUUCUCUAAAAAGGUGUUGCGUGACACACGGAUCCACCACCUGAGGCUUCUCAACAUCCUGGGCUUUAAUGCUGUGAUCUUCAUGCUUCCCACCUGGGUUUUAGUGGAUCUCUCUGUGUUUCUUGUGAAUGGAGACCUGUCGGACAUCUCAGGAUGGACCAGUACCUUUGUCCUGCUGCUCAUCAGCGGCUUCUGCAACUUCGCUCAGAACGUCAUCGCCUUCAGCGUGCUCAACCUCGUCAGCCCUCUCAGCUACGCCGUCGCCAACGCCACCAAGAGGAUCAUGGUCAUUAGCAUCUCACUGCUAAUGCUGCGCAACCCGGUCACCCUCACCAAUGUCUUGGGUAUGAUGACGGCCAUUGUCGGGGUCUUCCUCUACAACAAGGCCAAGUACGACGCCAACAAGCAGAAGAAGCUUCUGCCGAGCUCCAAGCAGGACCUGAUGUCCUUUGACAACCCGGCGCUGGAGAAGAUCCAGGCCAACGGGUCAGUGCCUUUUUCCCACGGCUCAGAGCAGCAGCACAACUGGAACAACGUCCUGACCGACCACUUCCAGUACAGCCGGCAGACCUACACGACAAACUACAGCAGCAACCACCAGUAUGUGGUAUAAAGGAGGAGUCGGUCCUCGCUCCAGGUCGCUGUCAUAGACAUUACUGUGUGUAGCCACCCCGUCCCCUCCCAGCAGCGGGUCUUCACCGUCCCGCUUCAAACCCGAGACUGAAGGCAAGUGCUGUUUGUUCUGAUAGGAAGAAUGAGUCGGCCAUGAUGGGCCAGUAACGUGACCUCUCCCACACCUCCUCCCUGUCUAAACCUCACUUUCUGACAGCUUCACUCCAUAUCACUGUUUAUUACUUUGGUACCGACUGUAUGGGAUGGUCUGAGAGAAAACAAAACUCAUCAUCAGGCACUUUCAGACAUUUUGGUGAAGAAUUAAGCCAUGUUGUUCACACAGAGAAACCUGCUACAGCAGGCAAAUAAGUGAUUUAUACCUCACUGUUUGGAAAUGUUUGAGUUUUGUUUUCACAACCAGCCAUACGUGGAUGUCAGCUGUAAUUAUUUGCUGUGAACAUGCACCCAAACAAGGGUCUGUCAUGUUACAUUUUGUAACAAACACAGUUCAGUGGAAGGCCUUAACAUUUUAGGUUUUAGGCAUUUCAUGUUUCAGAUUUUCUUCAUGAGGCACUUGUCAUGAUGUGAGGAGAAAAUAAUUGUUCAGAUUGUCCAACGUUAGUAAAUCAUGUUUCACCGUGAGGCAGACAGGGUUUGUUUAUGGACAAUGGAGUCAAUUCAGGCAACAGUAAUUGAUGGUAGAGUUUGUCUGAUGGUAUGACUGUGUGAUCAGACUUUCACGAGGCAUUUUGAGCCAGGAAUGUCAGUCAGUUCAGCACUAUGGUCUGUCUGUUCAAAGUUUUAAGUCUGUCUGUCCAAUUAGGGCCCACCCCCAAAUGUUGAUGAUCCAGUGCAUCUGUCAAGAACACCCUGAUUCAACUCAAAAAUGUGCUUUGAUGACUUGUAACACUUCUUUUAGCUGCCUCAUAGUUUUCACACACACAGCAAUGCAGGAGCAACAGUGUCAGGUUGUAAAUUUCACAACCAAGUCUUAUCUUAAAACGCCUGAACCAUAACUAUCUGAUAGAACGUGAUGAAAAUGAAGGGCAGAGCAACACCGGGCAGCGUGACUUGCUUCUGUUGAAAUGCCUGACGUGGGAACGCGCACAAAUUGGGAACUACCGGUUUUAUGGCGUUUAAAACAGACUGGCUCCUCUGUCAGCAGCCCGGCGGGAGAGGCACUCCACCGUGUAGUAAGACUUCGUAAUUUACUAUGGCCAAGAUGCUCACUUUAUGUCUGUAUGAAAAACAACAAACAUUCUUCGUUUUAUGACAAAAAUCCCGCAGACUAGUGAUUUUCCUGUCGGGCUUGGUUCUACUUUUAGUGCUGAUUAGCAAACGAUAGAAUGACAACAUGUUGAGAAUCUGACUGCUGCAGCACUCGCUUUACAAAGUGGAUCAAAAGUACAAGUGCCUGAUGAAGAAAACUGCCCAAAUUUCAACAUGGGGGAAAAAAACUUUCUCUGUAUCUGUGAGAAGCAGAUGCUUGUAAACUUGUCACUCAUAUGGAUCAGAAACAUUUUAGUCAGCAAGUGAUGAAAACUUGUUUUUCUGAAAUGGCUUUAGAAAACACUCAUAAAGUGUUCAUGUUUUUGAAUUGAGACAAAUUUUACUGAAAAGCAAGAGUGAGACGGGUUCUGUUAGUCAGAACAGUCAGUGACCUCCCAUAGAUCUGUCCUUUUCCCCCAAGGUAACAAAGAAGUUAUUGUUUAUUAUCAUGGAGCAUAAAUGUAAAAAGUUCAGAUUAAAAUAAGAUUCAUCAGAACAAAGCAUCUACCACAGCUGUGUACUGUGACGAUGCUCAUGUUUCAUCUUUCUUAGGGAGUCUAACCAUGUAAAGUGUAAUAGGGAUGUUGAAUUAUUUUGCUGUCAUUAUUUGAAGAAUCAAUUUGAAACAAUGCAUAGAUCUUUUUUUUAAUUCAAGAUUUGUAUUUAUUGAUCUGCGGAGCUUCUCAGGCAGAGUGAGAUUGUCUCUCCUGUCAGGCCAUUUUUUUUCCCAGUCUGAACCAAAGCUGCUCUAUGAUGUGUAUGUUUGUUUUUUUUUUUAAACAGAGGCCCUUGUCAAGUUUUGCACAUCAUGAAACAACUAAAUGUGUUAUACAGAUUGUGACCGUUUGUCGAGUGACUUUAUCGUCCUGCUGUUUAAUUUAAAGCAUUUUUGUACCAUUGGUGUCAGACAGUCACUGGACAGACUCAAUUUAAAAUGAAACGUGCAUGAAAUCAGAGUUUUGGCUGGUGCAAUUAAAGAUUCAGCUGUAAUUUCA